CUUUGUUCAUCGCAGGAGCUGGAAUAGUUGUCUUUUUGAUGAACGUUAAUUGGAAGGCAGAAGUUGUUCGCACACUAGCACGAGUACAGCAUGCAGAGGAAGAGCUGAAGUUCAAUACAACCCAUAGUGCACUCUAAUGGCAGGCGGCGCCAACUCACCAUUUAAAAAGUUAUUUACACGCACGCUAAUACUUCUUCUCAGAUUGUACAGUACAUUAGAUAAACCCCUAAGGAAGAAAAAAAUCAUGCCACCCUAGGUUUCGGAUGUUUGCUGAUAUUGCAUCUUUUCUUCCACAACUGCAAAUAAACUCAGUUUUUGAAUCUCUAUAAUUUUUCGUUUUUAUGCGUUUCUGGCAUCUUGUCAUUGUAGUCAUUGCCAUUUUAAUAGGUUCGACUUACCGUAAGAAUCAGAAACAGGAAAUGUCAAGGAAAGUUGUCGUCAUUGGUGGUGGAUUAGCCGGAUUGUGCGCGGCACUAGAAGCGCGCGCGGCAGGCGCUGCUGUUACCAUUAUUGAAAAGGAAGCUAAAUUAGGAGGUAACUCAGCCAAAGCAUCCAGUGGCAUGAAUGGAGCCCCAACAGCACCACAGUUCGCUUUGCAUAUUGAAGAUAGUGUCGACCUCUUUAUGAAGGAUACGCUGACGUCCGGAGGAGGCUUAUGUGAUGAGACACUGGUCCAAACACUGGUGCAAGAAAGUAGUGCUUCAAUUGAUUGGAUUGAACAGCAAGGAGUGCCUCUGCGUAGCGUCUCACAAUGUGGAGGACAUUCAAGACCGCGAACACACCGUAUUGCGCAAGAUCCAAAUGGACGAACAACUCCAGUAGGCUGGGGAAUCAUGAGCACUUUGCAAAAGAAGGCUCAAGAUGAGAAUAUCACACUGAUGUUGUCCUCCUCCGUGGCUAAACUGGUCACACAUCAAGACGAAGUGACGGGGGUGUUACUUCAAGAUAAUCAGCUUGUCGAAGCGGACUCGGUCAUAUUGACUAGUGGCGGAUAUGCUGGAAAACCAAAAGAUAAAGAGAACAUGGUGUUGAAGGAAUUUGCGCCGCAAGUGACCCAUCUCGCGACGACGAAUGGGCCAUGGGCAACAGGAGAUGGUAUAAAACUUGGCCAAGAUGUCGGUGCUGCUGUCAAAGACAUGGACAAGGUGCAAGUGCAUCCGACGGGGUUUGUAGAUCCUAACGAUCCCGGAGCUGAUACCAAGUUUCUCGCACCGGAAGCGCUUCGAGCAGCCGGAGGUAUUUUAAUGAACGCAAAAGGCCUUCGGUUUACCAACGAACUUGGCAGAAGAGAUGUCGUCAGUAAUGACAUUUUCCAACACUGUACCAGUGGACAUGAUCCAUCACUUGCUAUCGCCUAUCUUAUCAUGAGUGAAGAGGCUGUCAACAAGUACGACCGUGCAUCGAUUAGCUUCUACGAGCACAAAGGUCUUUUUCAUCAGCUCGCUGGCAUUGAGGAACUGGCCAAGUAUAUGGCGUUAGAGCCCAGCGUUCUUAGCAAGCAGUUUGACCUGUACGACCUUGAGGCUAAAAACGGCAGCGACCAAUUUGGUAAAUCGGUCUUCCCAUCCACUUUGAACAAUAGCAUGGCGUACUGGGUAGCAAGGGUCACACCAAGUUGUCAUUAUACUAUGGGAGGACUCAUGAUUGACGACGGAGCGCGUGUGCUGAAGGAAGCCAACAAGGACCAAUACACUCCUAUUAAAGGCUUCUUUGCAGCUGGGGAAGUGACGGGUGGGGUUCACGGAAGAAAUAGGUUAGCAGGGAACUCGCUAUUAGAAUGCGUGGUGUUUGGGCGAAUAGCCGGAAAGAACGCUGCUGGCAGAUCGCAUUGAUAGGGGUUUCGAGCCUUGUGGCACCCACCAAGGCAAUACAUGAACGGCCCCAACUGUUAGAUUCUUUUUUUUUCUCAGAUCAACGCCGAUUACGAG